AUGGCAUAGAUUGUAAAAUAAUUAUGGAAAUCUGUAUACAAUUAUAAUCCUCAAGUAGUCUUUAUACACUUCAAAAUUGCUAUAAAAUUAUCAUUUAAAGGUUUCAAGAACUUGGAGUUUNCCAGCAUAUCAAAAAUUAAUUUAACUCAAAAUGAUGACUCACUACUUAGUGAUCACAGUAUAAAAUUAAAACAAACAUCUUAAACUCAAAGUAAUCUAAACUAAAUAAGAUUUCUCUAAUAAAAUUUUAGAACUUAAUCAAAACUAAAACUAUCUAGCAAGAAAAUUGAAGUUUAAAAAAACGAAUAUGGAGAAAUAGAUAAGUUACCUUAAAUUUGGCAAUAAUAUUACAACAUUUAACCAGAAAAAGUUAAGAUCUAAGUUAAAAACUCUUUUAUCAAAUUAAAUGAUUAGUUUAAAGAAAUGGAGAGAGAGAAAGUUCUUGAACCCUUCUUAAAAGAUCAAAAAUUGAAAGUAAAAUUUAUAAAACCUCUUAUUAUAAGAAAGGAUAAACCAUAUUUUGUAGCUGAAAAUAAAGAUAAUAGUAUUUUUAUUAUAUUAUUAAAUAAUAGAAAAUUUAAUUGAUAAUAUGAAAAAUGAAAACAUUAACUUAAAAAGAGAUUAAUAUUUAAUUGUUAAUUAUGAUAACAUCUUAGAUUAUAUAUGA